UUUUGUUAAAAAUAAAUUAAUUAUAAUUAUAGUAAUAAUAAUAAUAAUAAUGAAGAAGUUAAUUAUGAAGUUUAUACUAUUCUGGUUGCUGGCGUUCUGCAUCUUCGAAGCAGCUUUUGCAGAUAAAAUGCUGGAUAAACUGAACAAAAUAUAUAACAAUGGUGUGAAGAAAGUAAAUGAUGAAAUUUCGAGUCCAAUCCUGGCUGACAUUAAGAUCGAUGUUGAUGAUGCCAAGUCUGAUGGAAAAAACGCACAACCUUGUUAUGAAAUAGCCAAAUCUUUGAUGCAGAGGACUAUUAACUCUACCACCUUUGAAUUGACCAAAUGUCGCGCUGAAGGAUUUGCAAAUCAGGAUAUUGAGUUUGCAAAAGAGUGCAGCAGAGGAAUAAUUUCUGAUUUCGAAAAAAAAGCAAAUGAAAUUCGCACUUCUGCCAAAACUUGCAUUGAUAAUCUUUAAUAAAUAAGCUU